GUAAUAAUGGUAACACAAAUGUAAACAUGGUAGCCUCCAUAACACACCACAAUAACUAUGUAUUUUUCCAACCAAAUGUGGUAUUUCAUUAAUUAAUUGUAUUUUUUAUAUAUUAAGAACAGCUUUAGGCAACGUUUAAGCAAAAUGUCGGCGUCAUUGGUAUUCAAUACGACAAAGGUCAGACCCCUUCUCUCCCGGUCCCGGUGCAGGACUCUGUCCACAGACCACCCGAACCCAGGAAAUGUCUCUUCAAAUGUUCCCACCGAGACCUCCGCCGAACUUGACCGCCGAAGACCAUGGAAGGACCCCAGCGGCUGCUCGGUGUUCCUCUUCCCCGGCCAGGGCAGCCAAUUUGUGGGCAUGGGACGCGGACUGUUGAGGUACCCCAACGUUGGAGAAAUGUUCAAGGUGGCCCAGAAGGUCCUGGGCUACGACCUGCUUUCUCUGUGCCUGGAGGGACCCGAGGAGGAGCUGAUGAAGACAGUCCACUGCCAGCCGGCCGUGUUUGUCACCUCCUUGGCUGCCGUGGAGAGGCUGAACCAGGAAAACCCUAAAGCCAUCGAGACGUGUGUUGCGGCUGCCGGGUUCAGCGUGGGAGAGUUUGCUGCAUUGGUCUUCUCCGGAGCUCUGACUUUUGCAGAAGGUCUGUAUGCGGUGAAGGUGCGUGCGGAAGCCAUGCAGAGAGCUUCGGAGCUGGUCCCCAGUGGGAUGCUGUCAGUGGUGGGCAAACCUCAAGCCCACUAUCGAUACGCCUGCUUGCAGGCCAGGGAGCACUGCCAGACUUUAGGCGUGGAGGAACCCGUCUGCUCCGUCGCUAACUACCUUUUCCCCGACGGCAGGGUCAUCGCCGGGCACCGGCAGGCGUUGGAUUUCCUGCAGCAGAAUUCCAGGCGUCUUCAGUUUGUGAGGACCAAAAUGCUGCCGGUGAGCGGGGCGUUCCACACCGAGCUCAUGAGGUCGGCCGCAGAUCCCCUCAGAGAUGUUCUCAGGCAGCUGGAGGUGCGUCGCCCCGAGAUCAACGUGUACUCCAACGUGGACGGCAAGCGCUACAUGAGCGACGGCCACGUGCGGCGGCAGCUGGUCAAGCAGCUGACGGCGCCCGUCAAGUGGGAGCAGACGCUGCACGAGAUCUACGAGCGGGGGCGGGGUGAAAGGUUCCCGCACACGUACGAGGUGGGGCCCGGGAGGCAACUCGGCGCCACGUUGCACAAGUGCAACCGGAAGGCCUUCGCCACCGCGUACACGCACGUGGAUGUCGCCGCGCCGGAUGUGAGUUGUGGCUGAUUUUUUUUUUUUUAUAAAAUAAAAAGACAAUUUGCAGUGAA